AUGCGAUCAUUACCACCCGCACUGAUCUACAAAUACCUAACACGAAGAUCAUACUGCACUCUUACUCUUAUUCUUCUCUUUAUCAUUUACUACGAAAUCAAUGUGAGCAAUAUAAAGAAUGUAUAUGAAGUGGAUUAUACAAUAAAGGUUAGUAAUAUCAGUAAAAUUGAUAAUAGAACGAAUAAACCUGCCAGAGAGGACCUUGACGAUCUUCGCUAUGUACUGUUGUGGUCUGAUUCUGAACAGCCACCGUUUAAGGACUUUGGUACGGGGCGUUCAGUGUUCGAAGAGAAGAAUUGUUCAUGGACAAAUUGCUAUGUUACAAAUGACAGGAACAUUUUGAGCGACUAUACGGAGUUCGAUGCUGUGGUGUUUAACGGGCCCUCACUGUCAUACUUGCGUAGCACUAAUAACAUGCCGCGACGGCGCUCCUCUCACCAGAAAUAUAUAUUCUUCAGCAUCGAGUCGGCCGCCAAUUAUCCUGUCUGUACUGACCAUUGGAAUGGAUAUUUCAACUGGACCUGGUCGUACCGUCUCGAUUCAGAUAUAGUCUGGUCUUAUUUUGUAAUCACUAACGCAAGCGGCCAUGUCAUUGCACCAAACCGUGAAGUACGAUGGGAGAAAGACCCAGGUCUGGACUACGUAAAAUCUCUGGGUGAAGAUUUGAAAGCACGUUUGAGGGGGAAGAGAAAAGCAGUCGCUUGGUAUGUAUCCAAUUGCGAUACUGCGAGUCUGCGAGAGGUGCUUGCGAAAGAUCUUCAAGAGUAUAUGCGCAUAUUCCAGCUUCGCCUGGUCACGUUCGGUGAGUGCGGGAGGCAGUACUGCCCGCUGUUUGCGAUGGAGCAGUGCCUCGAGGAUAUGGGGAAGGACUACUUCUUCUAUUUUGCGUUUGAGAACGCGCUAAGCGUGGACUACGUGACGGAGAAGGUGUUGCACGCGCUCAACCAUGACACAGUGCCCGUUGUCUUCGGUGGUGCUAAUUAUAGCAGGUUCUUGCCGCCCGAUUCAUAUAUCGAUGCAGCCACAUUAGGACCAAAAAAAGUAGUGGAGAAAAUGGCCGCAGCGAUCAAGAAUCGUGAAGAAUACGAAAGGUACUUCUGGUGGCGUGGGGGCGUUGGAGGAAUGUAUCGUGUUAGAGCAGCAAAUAUCCAUCCGGAGACCGAUCCAGUAUGCAGUCUGUGCGCCGCGCUCAAUUCACCAGCAACCCGCAAUAUCUCUAUUUACAAAGAAUUUGAUCGGUGGUGGACUCCGGAGACUUCAUGCCAAGACGUCAUCAAAUCCCACUUACAUUAG